CCAGUCCUCUAGGUUGCUGUUUUUGUUCCCUUAGUCCAAUUCAUUAUAUCCGAUCAGCAGUUUACCUUCAUCCAUUCUGUUCUGUAGAUCUUCGAAAAGCUGUCAGAAUUUUGAAAAUGAGUGAAGUGGCGACACCCGAUGUGGGUGAAGGGAAUGACGGGCAGAGAUCAUUCCUGGAAUUGGGGUCGUAUGUUGCGGAUUUGAAUGUAGAGGAUGACGCAACAAGUGAGGGUAUAUCACUUGAAGGGUUAGAGGAAGAACUAGAGGAGUGUAAAAGUGAUGAUGUAGUCGCAAACAUACUGAUGAAAGGCAUGAAAUUGCGGGAAUACACAAAGGGAGUUGAAAACAAUUUACGGCAGGUUGAACUGGACUCUAUCCAGGAUUACAUAAAAGAAAGUGACAACCUAGUCUCACUUCAUGAUCAAAUUCGUGGCUGCGAUAUUAUUCUUUCACAAAUGGAAGCUCUACUUAGUGGAUUUCAGACAGAAAUAGGUUCUAUAAGCUCAGACAUUAAAAUCCUUCAAGAGAAGUCUAUGGAUAUGGGACUGAAGCUGAAGAAUCGCAAGGUGGCACAGUCAAAAUUGUCAAAAUUUGUUGAAGAUAUUAUUGUUCCACCAAGGAUGAUUGACAUUAUUGUUGAUGGAGAGGUAAAUGAGGAAUAUAUGAGAACUUUGGAGAUUCUGAGUAAAAAGCUGAAGUUUGCUGAAGGAGAUCCAAUUGUUAAAUCAUCAAAAGCCCUAAAAGAUGUUCAACCUGAACUUGAGAAACUAAGACAGAAGGCAGUAUCAAAGGUGUUUGACUUCAUGGUUCAGAAGCUAUAUGCAUUGAGGAAACCAAAAACAAAUAUCCAGAUCCUUCAACAGAGUGUUCUUUUGAAAUAUAAGUUUAUUAUAUCCUUCCUCAAGGAGCAUGGAAAGGAGGUAUAUCUUGAGGUUCGAGCAGCUUAUAUUGACACAAUGAACAAGGUUUUAAGUGCACAGUUCCGUGCUUAUAUUCAAGCAUUAGAGAAACUGCAAUUGGAUAUAGCAACAUCUAGUGAUCUAAUUGGUGUUGAGACAAGAAGCAGUAGUCUUUUCUCCAGAGGAAAAGAGCCAUUAAAGAAUCGGUCUGCAGUUUUUGCUUUGGGUGAAAGGGUCAACAUUCUUAAGGAAAUUGAGGAACCUCCUUUGAUUCCACAUAUCUCUGAAGCCAGCUCGAAAAAGUAUCCCUACGAAGUUCUCUUCAGGAGCUUGCACAAACUGCUUUUGGAUACAGCUUCUUCUGAGUAUCUUUUCUGUGAUAAUUUCUCUGGGGAGGAGUCUAUGUUUUAUGAUAUAUUUGCAGGUCCAUUUGCUGUAAUUGAUGAGCACUUCAACUCAAUCCUUCCAAAUUCAUUUGAUGCAAUUGGCCUGAUGCUCAUGAUUCGGAUCAUUCAUCAGCACCAGCUUUUAAUGUCUCGCCGCGGAGUUCCAUGCUUGGAUUCGUUUUUAGAUAAGGUCAACAUUGCAUUAUGGCCACGUUUCAAGAUGGUAUUUGAUUUGCACCUCAAUAGCUUGCGGAAUGCCAAUAUCAGAACUCUCUGGGAGGAUGAUGUUCAUCCACAUUAUGUCAUGAGACGUUAUGCAGAAUUUACUGCCUCGCUUAUUCAUCUAAAUGUUGAAUAUGGAGAUGGUCAGCUUGAACUCAAUAUGGAGAGGCUGAGAAUGGCUGUUGAUGACUUGCUUGUGAAGCUUGCAAAAAAGUUCAAAAAAGAAAAGCAGCAGACAGUAUUUCUAAUAAACAACUAUGACAUGACGAUAACUGUUUUGAAGGAAGCUGGUCCAGACGGUGGUAAAAUUCAACAGCAUUUCGAGGAUUUACUGAAGAACAACACUGCUAUAUUUGUGGAAGAGUUGCUGCUGGAGCACUUCAGUGAUCUUAUUAAGUUUGUAAAGACGAGAGGAUCCGAGGAUCCAAGCUCUGGAUCUGAAAGGCCGAUAACAGCAGCUGAGGUGGAGCCUAUCGUCAAGGACUUUGCAGGGCGAUGGAAGGGGGCGAUAGAGCUGAUGCACAAUGAUGUCAUUACUUCUUUCAGCAAUUUCCUUUGCGGUAUGGACAUACUAAGAGCGGCCUUAACUCAACUGCUGCUGUAUUAUACGAGGCUUUCAGACUCUAUAAAGCGGAUCGCUGGUGGCAAUGCACUGAAUAAGGAUCUCGUCUCCAUUUCUUCAAUCAUGUAUGAAAUAAGAAAAUUCUCCAGGACUUUCUAGCUCAGCUCGUCUCUCCUGCAUAUAUGUUUAACGCCUCAAGGAUUCGUUUUCAUGUUGCGGUUGCAGUAUAAUACACACCCUGCCUGGGAGAGAAUGACAGUUUUGUAGCGGCUCGCAACAACGGGUUACUCAGGUGUGUUCAGGACCCAUUUCUGGCGGAAGCUCUAGCCUGCAAAAAAGCUUUAUCUUGGCUUAAAGAACAUGGUUAUUCUGAUGUGCUCCUCGAAUCAGGAAUGCCUCAAUGUGUGUCAGUCUUAAAUUACGUUCCUUAAAUUUUGCUUAUACAAGUCUUGUUUUUGGUAGUUGUCUUUCAUUGGUAAAUUCUACCGGCAAUGUCAGUAUUUUCCACAUUAGGCAUUCAGCAAACCAUAUAUCACAUACUUUAGCUAAGGCUUCGGGUUUUUAGACUAGUCUUAGAAAAUGGCUUGUCAUUCCUCUUGCAAUUAUUUAUGAUUUGAUUUAAUAAUACUUGGUUUUACUUCCAAAAUUUAAAUUAAAAAAAUUGUCAUUAAAA